AUGUGCCCAAUAGAUCUCCCUGCUGAGUUGGUUCUGUAUAUCGUUGACUGCUUGAUACCCCCUAACCCGCCGGUCGUGUUUCCUCGUCGGCAUGUGAUCACUCGUACGCUUCUCAGCUUGACGCUGGUCUGCAAGCUGGUCUCUCGAACUGCGAAGCAACUCCUGAUCAAACACUGUCUCCAAAUCGAUUCUGGUGGUUUACUAGACUGCUUCCUACAGCGGACCGCCCCGUCUGGGAGUGGAGGCCAGGCGCCUCACCUGCCCGUAUCAGUUGGACUCUUUCUGUCUCCAUUUCCGGUAGAUAACCUCAAUAUCCCGUCCACUGUAUACCAGGUAGAUCGCCUGUCGAGCAUGUUAUGCAGAAAUCUCACACGGCUCGUCAUUGACAUGCCGCUCCGAUAUUUAUACCCCGAGGAUGAUCACGAGCAAGUACGCCCAGCCCUCCGCGCAGCGUUCGCUCGCAUGACAAAGCUCGUAGAGUUCUGCUCCGUGAAGGACGAGCUCUAUCUGAGCACGGUUGAAGGAAGACAGGAGCCGGCGGUCUGGUCCUUUUGGCCGCGCCUGCAGCGCCUAGCGCUGUACAACGUGGCGGUCGACUCCAGCCAGUUCAUCGACGGCCUCCGCCAAUGCUCGAACUUGACUCACCUAGUCCUUGUCCGACCCGACGGCCUAAGUGAGGAGGUCCCCUCGGAGCACAUGGAUUCGGGAUUCCUGUCGUCGCUUCAGCGCCUUAUCAUAGUCAAUACUGCGGCAGAUUUCUUACAGAGCAUGCCUUUUGACCAGAAAAUGUGGGAAGAGUCCUUUGUUGGCCGGCUACAUGCGCUGCGAAGUCCAGGGGAUGUGGAUGCGGACAGUGACUCAGAGACGGGGUCCGUUGCCAGCUACCUUUCCCUGCGGGUGCCGUUUGGGAGAGACGAUGAUGAUAUUGAGAUAUGCCAGGAGUGGCUCUCUGCACAGGCGAUGAGUGGUGCUCUAUGGGGGACAUCGGAUAAUCAUCCAGCCCCUCUUUACUCGAUCAUAACCAACAGAGUGCCAAACAUGGCCCACCGGGAACCUGAAUUUUGGAACAUGGACACGACAUGGACCUGCAAUGUCUGCUCUGCCGCUUUCCAACGGACAGACCAUCUUAAGCGUCAUUCAACAACACACAGGGCAGAAAGACCUUUUGUUUGCGAAUUUUGUGGUUCUUUAUACAAGCGAGGACACGCAUGUGAUUGCUGCGCACGACUGAAGAAGUCAUGCUCAGGAGGUCAACCUUGCUCAGAGUGUGAUUCACGAAAGAGGCCAUGUUCAUAUGAGCGGCUGGGAAAAAGGGACGGUCUGAAGAUGGAGUCUCAUUCUAGAUCUCCACUCCGUGAGUGGGGAGGGGAAUCGGCCGCUGGUCAUGAUAUGGAUCGGCUUCUGGAUUAUGGAGCCCUCGAUCUUCAACCUGCACUCGAGCCGGCACGAUCUACGUGGGAUCUUGGUCCUCAGAAUUUCUAUGCUUCAGCGGACGUCUGUUAUAAAGCCUAUGGUCGACUUUCCUAG